GCUGCAGUAGUACAACAGGCUGCAGUAGUACAACAGGCUGCGGGGAUUGCGGCUUCACUUGUCAUCAACACCAUCAUGGAGGAGUACGCUAGAGAGCCAUGCCCAUGGCGUAUUGUGGACGACUGUGGUGGCGCGUUUACAAUGGGUGUCAUUGGUGGUGGACUCUUCCAGGCAGUUAAAGGAUUCAGAAAUGCUCCCAGUGGCAUGUCAGAAGACUUGCUGGGCAGCUGGUUAGCAAUCAAGCAACGCGCCCCCGUAGAAAGGUUUGGGCAGUUUGCAGUGUGGGGUGGAUUGUUUUCGACUAUUGAUUGCUCUCUUGUAUACAUGCGAAAGAAGGAAGAUCCUUGGAAUUCCAUUUAUCUUGGUGCUGCUACAGGCGGUAUUUUUGGCAGCUAG